GUUUUAUCAUAUUUGUCAUUUGUGACUGUUACAAUCUGUUAACUGGAGUUUGUCUUUCGUUUUUACUUUUUAAAAAAUUGAUUUCAACGAUUCAAGUGAGACUAUAUGCGAUUGUAUAGGAAGUAGUAUUUGUUUAAAAGAGUAUAUUUCGCUAUGACCGAAUUAUCGGACUGAAAUUUUCCAGUAUUUUUCCCGAACUGAACUAUAACUGAUCCAGACAUGGCUGAUAAAGACGAUUUAAGAAAUGAAGUUAUUAAAAAUAUUCGGAGUCUCUGUCUAACCGAAAAAGGUCCAACACCUGUGCGCCAAUUAACUGAUGAUUACAGAGCAAUGAUUGGUCAAAAAAUACCGUUUCAAGAGUUGGGCUUUAAAAAAUUGGAGGAUUUUCUUCAAUCGGAGAUAACAUUUAAAGUAUCUUGGAGGGGUAAUGAUUUAGUGAUUAAGGCUGAACCCACAGCGAAAUCCGCACAUAUUGCCGACAUGGUAUCGAAACAAAAAACGUCAAAGAAGAAAAUUUCAAGGGUUCAUUUUAACAAUUACCGUUCGACACACAAUAAUUAUCAGCAGACUUCAAAAUGGCGACCCAAAUCGAAUAAUUCUUCACAUUAUCGCGGAUCAGUCAGGCCGCAAGCCGUUAGUCAUACUCAAUUUGUCAACAGGGGUAAAACACCAACAGUAGCAUCGAAGGUUGUUAUUCCCGAACAUUCCACUUUUCAUUCUGAACCGUCUCAAGUGGAGAAAUUCGAUCUAAAUCAAAGGCUCACGAACCGACUGAAAGAAAAUAAGACUGCACCAAGCAAUAAUAACUAUAUACAUCCACAGCCCUCUAAUGGUAUACAUCCACAGCUCACUCAAGAUAAUCACACCAAGGACAGAAAAACAGAAGUAUUACAACCGCCAGAGCAGAAAUCAAAAUUAUUACCGACUAAUCAUACUAGGGAGACAGUUUUAACAGAUAUAGAUGACACGGUCAAUCCAUUGUUAGCUACUAGAAGGAGAAUUACCAAAAAAAUGUCUGAACUUAGUUUGGAAAGGGAUAGUGGUAAUAGCAGUCCUACCAGUGAAACACCAGUACCCAAAACACCAGAAUGCGUUAGGACCGACAACCCAUGUGGUAAUAGCAGUCCUACCAGUGAAACGCCAGUACCCAAAGCACCAGAAUUCGUUAGGACCAACAACCCAUUAGCCGAUUUGAAGUUAUUUGCAGAAAUUCAUAAUCUUGGGGAAGUUGUAGUUAAUGUUACUCAAAUAAAAGCCAAAAGAAAUCAGUUCUAUUCUUGCAAAAUCAAAGUUGGCCAACAUGACAUAUACAGUAGUUAUCCAGAGGACUUUCAUAAUCCGCUGGAUUCGCAGAACUUUUGUUGUAACAAAGCUUUGGACGACUUAAUACCUAAGAAAGCCAAGAGGAAGAAAUCGUUGAUGAUAUCCAGUGACAUUGACAUACUUGAGAGGAUUCCCCCGAUGUUAGAAAAACACACACGCGGAGUGUGGGCGUGGCAAUUAAAACUAGAUUAUACCGACAAGUACAACGAGGUGUUGCCAGAUGACUGGAUUAAAAUCAUAGACAGGAGUUCUAGCGUUGAAAUCGACAAAAUGGGGUCUGAAGAUUAUAUUUUAUAUCAUUGUGCUCCAGGCACAGUAUUGCAGAAAGGACAACUAGUGACCAGUAGACCCUCCGUCUGUAAUGUGUCAGUACCGUCGAACACCGUUCAGUUUUCCGAAGACGGCAACCUAAUUGGUCAAGUUACCUGUGCAAUGUCGGUGAACGAAAUAUGGUGUCAACAAAUAAAAACUGAAGAGAGUAAAUCAUACCUAACAAUGAUGGAUCGGUUACAAAUCUACUAUCAGGGACAUGAAAGUGAGUUAACUCCUAAAACUAUAUCACCCGCUGGAUAUUACAUUGCUAAAUUGGAAGACGAGUAUUUCAGAGUCAGGACUGUGAAGAUUAACGAAGAUGAAGAGACAGUGGAAUGUUUCUUUAUCGAUUUUGGUGAUGAAGUGAACAUACCAAAAUGUGAUAUAUUCGAAUUAACGAGAGAGUAUGCUUCAGUUCAAGCACAGGCCUUUGUAUGUCGACUUUGUGGUCUGGAGUAUUUGUAUGACAUAACUGGAAAUUCUGAGUCUCUUAGUUUAUUGUAUAAUACCGAAGUAGUUAUAGAAAUGGCCAGCGAUUCUACAGCGAUUCGUAGUAGUUCUGAAGUACUACCCGUGUAUAUGUACGACUCGGAAGGUCACUCAAUUAAUGAGAAACUCAUACCGGAACUUACGAAGGAGUUGGCAUCGCUGAAUUUACAAAAGGAUACAAUAGUGGAAGUAUAUAUUUCUAAUAUCGAACCAAACGGAGAUGUUUAUGUUCAAGUGAGGAAUCAGGGAUAUGACUACUAUACCAAAUUGCAUGCUCAAAUUGAAGAACAACUUAAAUCCGAUACUUCUGACGAUAAUUUAUGUAAAGUAACUAGGGAGAAUAGUAAAGGAAAAUUGUUCUUUUGGCAACGCGAACUCUGGAAAUGGUUUCGAAUCGAACUAAUUGACUGGUCUCCUCUUGGAGAUUUAGCACAGGUGUACCUUGUAGAUCAUGGAAGUACAGAUGUGAUUGACGUUUCUAAAGUGAAGCUUUAUCCUUUAGAUAAAAUUAAUGACAUAUUCAGUACUUAUCCACAUCUGGCUGUUAAGAUAAGAAUAGCUUUGGAAAAAAUUCCUUCAGACUUUGUUGAAUUGGCUUCAAAAGACAUGGCGGUAGAUCAGCCCGUUUUAUUGAAGAUUAUCGGUUCAACAGAGGACAAUAUACCGCUAGCGGAACUAUUUAAGAGAAAUUCAGAUGGAGGGCUGUUUUGUAUUAAUAAAUCAAUCAGUAUAAAAUCGGAAAUGCAGAAGAAAACCGAAGAUGUCAAUUUAAAAGAGAAGUUUAAAUAUUUCUCAUCGACGGGUAAUGUACCAUCAACGGGAUAUCUACAAAGUCCGCCGUUGCCCGAAAAAGGGACGUAUUUCGAAGUUUGUAUUCCUUUCGCCGUCAAUCCAUACAAUUUUUUUAUUCAACCUUUAUCGUCGAAACCUCAACUGGAUCAAAUGAUGGAAGAUCUACAAAAUCAAUAUAGGAAUACUCGUUACAGUAAUCUAAAAUGCGAAGACAUAUUGCCCGGAAAUAUAUAUGCGUCGAAGCAUAAUGACGGAUUUUGGUAUAGAACAAGUGUAAUAAAAGUAAUACAUUCUGGAUCUGUAUCAGUAUUUUUCUGUGAUUUUGGAUAUUAUCAAACUGUUCCCGUUAAACAGUUGAUUCCUCUGGAUGACAAGUUUUUGAGGCUUCCACAUCAGGCUUUAAAAGCAAAAUUAGCAGAUGUAAAACCUAUACAGAGUAAAUGGACUAUGGAAGGCUGUGACGAGUUUAAGAAACUAAUUGAAAAGAAAGAGUUUAUAGCGCUCUUCAUAGAUAUCGAAAAAGAUAUUUUGUAUCAGAGCGAUUCGAUAGUUAAGGUUCUCCUAGUCGAUACAAGUACCGACGUAGAUAUUCACAUAGGUAAAGAGUUGGUGAAACGAGGAAUAGCCGUGGAAGAGACUAUUCAACAGUGAAUAGCUCUGUGCAUCUCUGUUGUAUUGUUAUAUAUAGAUUCUACUGAGAAUAAUUGCUUAAAUCUCCGCUAGUGGUGCUCUAAAUAAAGUUUUUUUGCUUAUUUUUGGUCCUGUAGCACUAGGACAAUAAUUCUCUCAAAUCUCAAAUGGUUUUGAGUUGUUUCCGGAACAUUCCACGUAGUAGGAACCCUAACCUAAAAAAUAUUUAUCGAAAACCACUGUAACUUAAACGCUUCUCAUACUUCUAUCCAAAAUUUUACUUCGUUUAGCAAAGUACUUGCAAUUAAAAAACAACCGUAGGAUCUGUGUUUUUUAAGUUUAAUCACAAUGAUUAUAUCCGACUUAUAUAUAAACCUAUACUCAUGUUAAAUGUAUUAUUGUAGUAACUUAUAUAUAGGUUGUUUUUUGUUCAAAUAUUUUAAUUUGAUAUUUACGUUACAAAUGUUAUAUUACCGGUUUGUUAUGUACUCUUAUUAGUUCUGUAGAAAGCAAGGUUAAAUAAUAAUACUGUUAAAAAUGUAUGAUAUUUUUUCAAAAUUUAAAAACGUUUGUAUAGUAUAUUUUUCUUAAAAAAAUUGUUUAAAACGAUUGUACUAAGAAUUACAAUAAAUUUUGAUCAAAACAGAAUUUAAAUUUUAUGAAUAUCACAAAAACAUUUUGUGGAAAAGUGUAGUUCUUGUUCGUCUCUAGACUUUAGAAUUUUACUUGAUUAUUUUGUUGAAUUUUCUUAUUUUUGUUUGUUUUGAUAUACCAA